UCAAUAUAUGAUAGAUUUCUCUUAGCUGUUCUUGCUUUCUGACUACAGCAGUUCGUGGCAGUACACGCUCAUACCAGUGUCAAGUCGUACUCGUAUUCGCCAGACUUUCCCUGCUUGAUUGCUUCCAGUCCGUUUUAAUUGUUCGGACUGCGGGGAGAAGGCUUGUCAUGUAUUCGUCGUCUCAGCCUCUCUCAGCCUCAUAAACCUAUCAUACUUCCUACCGUUUGUACAAGGACUACGGAUUCGUACGCAGAUCGUACCUGGAGAUCAACGAUGGCCUUGCCUCCGGCCUUACGAUCUUGCAAUUGCACUCACCUCCAUCCAACGACCAGGUGAACAAAAGGCCGUUUUGCAAUUGCACAUCUUUCUCCUGUGCCUUGUCCUCUUAGCCCUACCUCUAGGAGUUACUAUAUUGCUCCCUCUAUUCGUCCCUCUAGUUUUGUUCUUGUACCGGCCAGAUACAAAAUAGAAGGAACAAAGAAACAAACAUGCAGGGCUUCAACAUGGGACGUUACGUCCCUCCGGACCUCGAAGGCACCACGUCGUUCAACCAGGCGUCGGGCAAGGGCCACGCUCUGGGCCACCGGGCCCGCAAACUCAAGACCGAGGGGAUCCUGACCGUCCGGUUCGAAUGCCCCUUUGCGAUCUGGUGCACGACGUGCGUCCCGGAACAGAUCAUCGGGCAAGGGGUGCGGUUCAACGCCGAGAAGAAAAAGGUGGGGGCGUACUACAGCACGCCGAUCUGGCAGUUCCGGUUCAAACAUACAACGUGCGGCGGGUGGCUCGAGGUCCGCACCGACCCCAAGAACGCAGAGUACAUCGUCACGGGGGGAGGGCGGAGACGAGACACGGGAGGAGCGGACGACGUUGACAGGUUCGGACAGCUCCAGCAGAGCCGGGUGUCCGAGGAAGACAAGGCCAGGUUCGAAAAGGAAGGCGCGUUCGGGGCACUGGAGAAAAAGGUCGAGGACAAGUCUGCGUUCGUCGCACAGCAGGAACGCAUCUCCGAGCUGCGUGAGGCGAGCGAUCGAACGUGGAAGGACCCUUACGCGCUCAACAGGAAACUCAGGGCGGAUUUUAGAGUCGGACGACGCAAGAGACAGGCCGACGAGCGAACGGGGGAAGCCCUCAAAGACAAAUUCGGUCUGGAUUCCGACAUGGAGGUCCUUGCCGAGACGCAAGAGGAUGCGGAUCGUGUCAAGUUUGUCGAGUUUGGGGACUGGACUGCGGCGGAGGCGUCGAGUUCGUCCAAACCUUUGUUCAUGUCUACACAUUCCCGGUACAACGGGGAUUUACCAUCGAGGCCGAAACACGUUCAGAGUGGUGGGGUUGGUGGUGGCACUGGCCCCGGCAAAGGUGGUAUGCUGGCGAAGCAAAAAGACAAGAAACAAAUCUUGCAAGGUCAAUUGGCCAACAAUACGAGAAUGGCGACGGAUCCGUUUCUGCGUGAAACCGAUGUCUGGCAACCUCGCGGGAAAAGGAAACGAGAAAUUCGGGCUGAUGGUGAUGAUGACCGAGAGGAAGAUGCUGUCACCAGCGGCGAACCCGAACAGAAAAAAGUGACGAAAGUGACGAAAGGUAUUGCCAUUCUGGCGUUGGUUGGUUAUGAAUCUGAUUCUGAUGUCUGAAUUAAGGCGAGAGUUAUUGUUCUUUUUUUCUCGGACAUUAUCAAGAUACCCCUACGUUACGGACCUGAAGUGUCUUGUUUAGCUAUAUACAGUAUACCUGCUGGACUUUAGUUUCUCAAGACAAGAAGAAAGUCUUCAUAGACCUCGGUUCAACUGUGACGUCCAUCUUGCCUCCAACAACACCGAUCUGUCCCACCAUAGUCACAUUAUGUUCGUUGUCGGUCAGAUACGCCGUUGCCAUCGUAACGUUGAUCCCGGCCAGGUCGAUCGUCACGUCGUACGGGAAAUGCGCCUCGUUGAUGACGGGCACGGCGACGGUACCGUUGACGUUGACGUAGGCGCUCACGUACAGGUUCUCGGCGCUGCUCGAGGCCUCGACCCUCACGGCACCGGGGCGGGCGAAGCGAAAGUAAGAUGCAAACGCCCACAGUCGAGCCGAGACGUAAUAAUGGUCGUACUCGAGUCGGACGAGGGCGUUGUCCCCCGUCGUGUUCUGGGCGCACCACCAGUGCGUGUAGCCCGAGGUGUCCGAGUUGACAAAGGCGUUGUGCAUGUACAAGGCCCAUUGGAAGCCCUCACUGUUGUGGGUAAGUAAUCGUGUCAGUGUGUAGGUCUGGUUGGGGGAGGGUCGGUUUGUUUGACUUGCUCGAGGGACAGAAACGGGAGAAGAGUCAUCAACUCAAAAAGGCAAAAGCCAGGUACUUACGCAAGUUGUCCUGUCACGUCCCAGUACGAGUUCCAAUUGCCGGUGCCCUGCAUUGUCAUCAGCGAUUUGCCAUCCCGAUGGAAUUAGAAGGGUCGAGGAAAGAAAAAAGAAACCAUACAUCUGCCCAUUCGGUCAUCAAGUUCGGUUUACCACCAGAAUUAAACGGUCGUUCUGGAUUGCUUUGGUAAUUGUGCCAUGUCUAGGUAAAUUUUGGUCAGUCCCGGUGGAGACAUGUAGUGCGUUUUUCAAACGGUUUACUACUCACGGCGAUAUCAAAGAACUCGGACCCUCCAGCUUGUUCGAGCU